GAUGGACGGCAGCCCCGGGUCGCCGUCGCCGGAGACGGACGAGAUCGUCGUGAACCUGCCCACUGCUGCUCCAGAGCCUUGCGCCCAGCAAACGAAUGAAACCAAAGCAAAACCAAAAAGAAAGACACUUUUUUCUUUCUACAAGAAGGUGCCUACUGAAGGGGGCAGGGAAGAUGGUUUGGUUGAUCAAAUUUCUCAAUUAGAUGAAACUCCAGUAGCAGCUCCAAUUGUAUUACAUGAUGAAGCGACACCUGCACCCAAAGUUCCGAAAUUAAAUUCAGAUGGUAGUGUUUUGAUUGUGGAACGCGAUCCUGGUUUACGAGGUCAAAUUUGGGACUAUCCUGUUGAUGAACAAGAUCGAGCUCGCAGAAUAUAUGUUAUGCUUGGCCCAUAUCAGAAUAAAAUGGAAGAUGGAUUUCUAAGAGAUUGCUUGGUGCUCUAUAUUGAGAAAGAGAUAGCAAUUAAAAUCACAAUGGAUUCAAUUAUCGAUGAUUUCAAUGCAGUUAAGGAGCGUGCGGUUAGAUUCAAAGACUAAAGUAAGUUAUAUUGACCCUUUUGCCAACAAUCUUUUGUAUGAACAAUCAGUUCCAUAAUAUAUUUGUACAUGGUUCUGCAAAUUAUUAGAAUACGGUGUGAAUCAGCA